UGACCCUCGGCUGCCAGGUUUUGUAAGCGCUUAAUUUAUUUAUUUUUAACAUACCUGUCUUUUUUUAAAAGAUGACUUCCAAGGUGUGUUACCAUUGUAAACGCACUGGGAUUCCAAAACUCCCGAAAGCAACUGGACAAAGCAUGUUAUUUACAGGACCGGAUGGCAUAGGUGAUUACAGAGCAAAAAAUGUUGAUUUCCCACAUCACACUGGCGAAGGCGACAUGUCUCGUGAGGCUACGAGCAGGCUGGAUUACCUGUAUCGUGCUGCCCCAGGGUCCCCGGCUCCAAUGCCUAAACACUGCUAUGUCGGAGGAGUUGGCUGGGGAGUCCUGGAGUAUAGUGUGUUAAAUAGCAGGACUCUUAAGAGCAACAUGCAGUUCAAGCUGGUGAAUUUUCGUCAGGCUUGUGAAGACAAAGUGACUCACAGGUAUCAAAAUCCAUGGCAACCUUCCCCACAUAUCCUUGAUGAGCAGCCCGGAAGAGCCCGCAGUAAACUAGGAUGGACUCACAACCUCUAUGAUGAUUACUGUUAUGGAAACAGCACAUGGAACCGUCGAUACGGAGAUAAGAAAUUGCCUUCUGCUACCCCAAUCUGUGUAUUAAAGAAUCGAAGAGCUCAAAGUCCCAGUGUUUUCUCUGAAGAAUCGAUUGGUUUUCACUCUGCUCAAAGAAACUGAUGGACAAAGUGCUUCCAACGCAUCUCGUACCCACUAUUAUGGCAUUUGUCUGAUAAUCAAUAAUAUUAAAUCAGACAACUCCUAAAAGCAAAAUUGUUGUUUCCUCUGAAAGUAGGUUGGACCAAUUAAAAUUUACCAACUGUGUUGAUUUUCUUUUUUGAUUUUAAAAUAUAAGGGUGAAAUUCCCUAAUUGAAGGGAAGGCCAUAGAAAGAAACAAUCCAGCGUGACUAAAUCACCAUCGAC